AUUGUGUGGAGAUCGAAUCCGAGAGUUCUUCCCCACACUCAGUCUGUGUUGCCAACUGAGCUACCCUCUUGGGUUACAGACCAUUUUGUUCUAAUCACUCUUUUACAGAAAACAACAUAAACCUAAUUUUUUUACCAAAUUACCAAACAUCAUCAGCAUCUCAGAGAAACAACCCUCUUUGUUUUCUUUCUCUCUGGUCUCUGCCCAACACAAGACAACUCAUAAAAAUUGGUUAUUUUUCUGGUUCUUUCCCCCAUGGAAGAAGCUAGUGCCAGUGGGAAUCACAGUUACAGUGGAUCAUCAUCAUCAUCAUCACCACCAAUAACCAACAUAGCUCAGGAUUACCUCUUUACUAUCCUCUUCCUUCUACCCAUAGAUGCAAUUCUUUCCCUUUCCAUGACUUGCAAGAGAUUCAGAGAUCUCACUUCCUCUGACACUCUCUGGAAAUCUCUGUGCUUGAGGGACUUGGGUUCCAAUUGUGUGGAUGCACUGAGACUGAGCAAUCACCAAAACCAUCACCAUCAUCAGUGUCCUUGGAUGAGACUCUACAAGCAGGUUUCUCAGAUGGAUUCUGUUCGUUGCCAUAGAUUGUCUGAUUUGGAUUUUCCCAGUGCCAGAGCCUCCCACUCUCUCAACUUUGUCUCAGAUUGUCUAGUGUUGUUUGGUGGUGGCUCUGAGGGAGGACGACAUCUUGAUGAUACAUGGAUUGCGUACAUAGGUAAUAAUUUCCAGAAAAUGUUGAAAUGGCAGGCAGUCCACUCAGGCAUUCCAAGUGGGAGAUUUGGGCACACAUGUGUAGAAAUGGGUGAUUUCCUUGUUCUCUUUGGAGGCAUCAAUGAUAACGGGAACCGUCAAAAUGAUACAUGGGUAGGGCGAGUUACACACAAUGAAAACAAUGGCAUUACAUUUUCCUGGAAAAUGCUUGAUGUGGGGGCUAUUGCUCCACCCCCUAGAGGGGCUCAUGCUGCUUGUUGUAUUGAUGACAAGAGAAUGGUAAUCCAUGGAGGAAUCGGACUUCAGGGCCUCCGUUUGGGGGACACAUGGGUCUUAGAGUUGUCAGAAAGUCCCUGCUUUGGAACAUGGCAUGAGAUUGUUUCGCAUCCAUCACCGCCACCACGUUCAGGGCACACAUUGACUUGCAUAGGGAGAAGCAGGACAAUUCUAUUUGGAGGAAGAGGCUUGGGUUAUGAGGUUCUUGAUGAUAUAUGGUUACUGGAUACAUGCCAGGGUUACAUGAAAUGGCUCCAAAUCAUGUAUGAUUUACAGAACAUACCAGAUGGUGUUUCCCUUCCUAGAGUUGGUCACAGUGCUACAAUGGUUUUGGGAGGUAGGUUGCUAAUUUAUGGAGGAGAGGACUCAGCUAGACACAGGAAAAAUGAUUUUUGGGUAUUAGAUGUUAGUGCUAUCCCUUACAUCAGCAUGCAGACACCCACUUUGAGCUCCAAGAGAGUGUUGACAAGAAUGUGGAAAAGGUGGAGGUCAAAUGGGUAUGAACCAAAAUCUAGAUCCUUUCAUCGUGCCUGCGCAGACCCUUCUGGACGUUUUUUGUAUGUGUUUGGUGGAAUGGUGGAUGGUUUUCUUCAGCCUUCUGAACCUUCUGGACUCAGGUUUGAUGGGGAGCUCUUUCUUGUGGAGCUUGUGCUUCAGCUUUAAGGACUAAGCGCAUGUUUAAAAAUCCUUUACAAUUGAUUUUAAAAUCAAAAUGGCCAAAUCAACUAUGGGAAAAAACUCAUGCGAGCAGCUUCUGGGCACCAUAAACAGUUCUGUGGGAAGAAUAAGCUAAUCCAAACAUGUUAUAAACUUAUAAUGGACAGCAGAUCUAUUGUGCUUUCUCUUGAGACCAUUCUGUGCUGCAUCUUCCAAUUACAUACCCUUAUCCAGAGCCACUUGCUGUUACUGUAUUUGCUACUGUAAAUAGCAGCUCUAUUAGUCAGCCAAUGUAUUUGCUAUUGUAAAUAUCUUGUAUGAACUGUGACUACAUAAUUAGAAAGCGAUGGUAUGAAGAUUGCAAAAACUUUUGGCACUGUUCA